AUUGUACGAAAUAAUUAAGAGAAGAGAACAAAAGAAAAACCAAACACCAAAAAUUCUCAAAAUUCUCGUGAUCGAGCUCUCAAUCUCAUUGAACCCUAAGAUACCCAAAACCAAACCAGUGUCUCUGCCUCAUCUGCCUCUCUCACGCACUUGGAACUCGGCUGGCUUUCUCUUCCUCACGCCGGUGAGCCGCUGCCGGUGAGCCACACCAGAAAUUCGUGAUCGCCGUCCUCCUGCUCCCUCUCUGUGUAUCUAUUCCGCUGACUAGAAGAAAGAACCCAGGCAAGAGCACUCGUGCCUCCUUUUAUCUCUAGCAAUGAAUGUGGGUGAUCUUCACAAGGUUUGGGAAAUCAAAGCCUUGAAAAAGCCAGGGGAGGAAGAAGCAAGGAAGAUUCUUGAGAAUGUUGCCAAACAGGUCCAACCCAUUAUGCGUAACCACAAAUGGCGUGUCAAGCUUCUUACUGAGUUCUGCCCCAAAAAUCCAUCUCUUCUGCGACUGAAUGUAGGAGGAGGUAUUCAAGUAAAGUUGAGGCUUCGAAGGCCAAAUAAAGACUGGGAAUUUUUCCCCUUUUAUCAAAUUCUUGAUACCAUGCUUCAUGAGCUUUGCCACAAUGCUCAUGGCCCUCAUAAUGCCAACUUCUACAAGCUUUGGGAUGAACUUAGAAAGAAAAGAGAAGCCGUAUGAAUUCUCUUCUACCAUCUGGACCAAAGCGUCUUGGUGGAGAUAGCACAAUUAUGGUUGCGCUUAGUCCAGUACAAGCUGUUGCUAUGGUGGUGAUCUGGGUGGGGGUGAGCAUCUGGUGGCUUGGGAAAA